CGCCGCCCCCUGCCUCGCCGCCGCCGUCGCUGUCAGUCCUGACUCUGUCCACCAUUUCGCCCUACACUUGUCAUACAGCCCGCGUCCACUGCAACAGCAGAGGAUUCAUGCUUCGAACUUCAUCCGCUAUACCGAAGGACGAACACUUGUUCCACCGUAAUCCACUGAUCAGUACUCGCUAAAAUUCGCCCAAUAUGGCUACCAUUGUCAACAUUCGUCGCGAUGUCGAUGACAAGUUCUACCGCUACCGCAUGCCCCUGCUCAUGACCAAGAUCGAGGGCAAAGGCAAUGGUAUCAAGACCGUCAUCCCGAACAUGUCCGACGUCGCCCGUGCACUGAGUCGCCCUCCCUCGUACCCCACCAAGUUCUUCGGUUGCGAACUAGGCGCCCAGACGUCGUUCGACGAGAAGUCCGACCGCUACAUUGUCAACGGCGCCCACGACGCCGCCAAGCUGCGCGAGCUCCUGGACGCCUUCAUCGACAAGUUCGUGCUGUGCAAGGCGUGCAAGAACCCCGAGACGAACCUCAUCAUCACCAAGAACGACGACAUCAUCCGCGACUGCAAGGCCUGCGGCGAGCGCAGCGGCGUCGACAUGCGCCAUAAGCUCACUACGUUCAUCUUGAAGAACCCACCCAAGAACCCGAAGAAGAGCAAGAAGAAGGCGUCGUCGGACAGCCCUACCCCCAAUAACGAGGCAGAGACCAAUGGUCAUGCCGAGGGUGACGGCGAGGUAGGCGCAGAGAGCGACGACGAGUUGACUAAGCGUAUCAAGGCCGAGGCGGCGGAGCUCGAUGCCGACGCAGCCGCCAUCAAGGACGAGGAUUGGUCUGUCGACACGUCAGAGGCUGCUGUGAAAGAGCGUAUGAAAGCUCUGGAGGCCAGCAUGGCCAACGCCGUAUUAGCCGCCGGCGAUGACGAGAGUGACGAGGGUGCUGAUAACCCCUACUCUCAGCUUGGGAAUUGGGCGAAGGAGAAUAGGGAUGCCGGGCCUGUACAGGUCUACAAGAAGGCCCAGGACCUCGGUAUUGAGAAGAAGCACAAGACUGUUCAGGUUCUUGCCCAGACCCUCUUCACUGCCGAUAUCCUGAAGGAGCUACCGACGUACAUCCCCAUGUUUGUGAAGAUGGUGACGUCCGAGAAGCACCAGAAGUCCCUCUUGGGCGGCAUCGAGCGCUUCGUCGGCGUCGACCAGCCUGACCUGAUUCCUGCGGUACCCAAGAUCCUCAUGGAGUUGUACCAAGCGGACAUCAUCGAGGAGGAAGUCGUUACCCAGUGGGGUACGCACGUCAGCAAGAAGUAUGUUGACAAGGACAUCAGUAAGAAGGUCCGCAAGGCGAGCGAGCCGUUCUUGAAAUGGUUGGAAGAGGCAGAGGACGAUGAUUCCGAGGAGGACGAGGAGUGAAUGGUGGUACUGUUUUCUACUGGAAUGGUCGAUUUCAUUACUGUCGUUUAUGCGCCCUUCCCUGUAUGUAUACUGUGACCCCUCUUGGUUGCUUUUUUGGCAUCCAUUGCCCUGCUCUGAGCUGCUACCCAGCCAUGUGUUGUUCACCGCCUUUUACCCCGC